UGGAUGGAUAAUUUACUUUGCUUCCAUAGACCCAAGGAUGAGGGGUCUGGAGCUUCGAGUAUCGCAGCAUUCCUCGCGUAAUCAACUGUAAUGCGACUACAUUCCACAGCUUCGAGUGAGUUUUCCAUAACAAACGCCUUCCCCCUUUCCCAGAAGCCUACCCUUCCUUUCUGUGAUGCAUUUGACUAUAUCCUUUGCCUCCUGCGUUGCUAUCGUGGAUUGUGUUUGUGUGCACUGUCAGGAGGUUCCCUAGCCGCCCGGACGUUCUCCACGAACCCUUCCAGGCAGCGGUACGCUGCCUUUGGAGUCAUCAAGCAGACAAAGGAUCGAGCUCCUCUGUAUGAAUGGGCUCCUACGUUAGUCACCAACAAAGUCUGUCGGUCAUCAUAAGAGGAAUCAACGAUGUUGGAAUUGCCAUCUGUUGUCGCGAUCGCAGUAGUCUGUGCGGCUAUCUGCAUCGUGGGGGGAGUAAGUGGCACUCUGGCAUGGCUGAGGGUACGCCAGAAACGGCACCGGACCUCCAGGAAGCAAUUCCUCGGUAUGCAGGCCUUCCAGUCAGAGACAGUGACAGACCUGUCUCGGGAGGAAGCCUCCAUGCUGCGGCAAUACGGGCAACUUCCAUAUGGGCGACCAACCGAGUGGGGUCUGCUGGAAUCACACGAAAGUUUAGUUCAUUCACAGGACGACUCGGAUACCCCAUCUCAGCGAACGGAGAAGGGCCGUUCGUUGUGCCGUUCCUUGUCAGGCUGCCGUCGGCAGUCGAAGCUGCUGAGGCCACACCGGAUAAGCUCUUUGACACCACUGACCGAGAGUAUCGAUGGGCCACCUGUCUCUCGCAGAGGCUCCUCGCCAAGGGAUGACAUUUCGAUCUCAGCAGUUGAUGGAGCUCUUGAAUUACCAACAGAAAUUUCACCAAGACAUACGCCAGACAGGGAACACGAGAAUCAUGAUGCUGAUCAAAGUAUACGACCAAUUUCAGGGCCAGGACCAUCAAUAUACCAGAGAGAGCCUUCGAGAGGCCUCUUUUCAGUCUUAGAGGACCAAUACCACUCGUUCGACCUAUCCUGCGCGCGGCCACGAACGGCAAGCAUUAUCGGUCAAACGCCGGGUGCUGCUCCAGACAAACCAAUGCCACCGCCGCCGUGUGCUUACCCGCCGAACCGGUUCCAACUCUCCAAGAAUGACUCCUUGCGGUAUUCUUCGCUAAGUCUUGAGACCGCGGAUAGCUCUAUUAUGAAUGAGAGCAGAAGGACUUCUGGCAUGGAUAGUGUAUUUACUUCACCAGCUUUGCCUCCCUGCCCCACCUUCGUCCCUUACAGUGCCAACGACGUUGGAAGGAGUGUUGCGUUAUACCCGAGAGUACCUGCUCCAUUCGUCUUCCCAGCGGGCUCACUUCCAGGGGAGGUGCAGAGACUCGAGCCGGAUCGUACUUCUCCCCGCCGAAGUUUGACAGCACGCAGUCCACUUCACUCCAUGGAACGAAUUAACCCUCCCCCGCGGAGAAGCGAAUCCCUCAACGUACGCCCGCCCAGAAAAGACUCUCUUCAGUGUACUGACCUAGAACGCAUCCAUUCCUUGAACAAGGCGGGCUGUAACACAGCCCUACUACCACAUUUUAGUCAGCUACAACGACACUCCGUACAUGGAAGCCAGCGGCGGGAAAAUGACCCAUUCCAUGGGGGCGUGUCUGCUGGCUUCAGUCGCGCAAGUACUCCUGGGUGGGCUAGUGUUUCGUCUAUCCCAGAGUCGCACCUGGCCCCUUCCAAUAGUUAUCUCAAACCCCCGUUAGCCUCCGCUAUGAGAGGCGGCAACCGUCCCCGAAAGGGCCAUCGACGACAGAACUGUGUCCGGAUAUCGAUCCAGCCACCUAUUACUUUUGGAGGAACUACGUUUGCUCCCAUGGUUGAGGAGCCGGAAGAGCUAGAUGAGUUUGACAGACACGCAUCACAGGUGUCUGAUCUAUCGGUUUCCAACAUCUCAUCUUUGCGCUCAAGUGUGUCUGGCCUCUCGAUGAGCCGGACCGGUUCUGACCAACAAGGGGACGUAUCACGCAUCACAGAGAUCUCUAGUGACAGUCGUCCACCCUCGUACCGAAACUCGACAUACUUUACUUCAUCUAAGAAGCGGAAGCAUAGUCGGGAUGAUUCCAUAGAUAGUGUACUGAGUACGGUGAACAUUGGCGUGGACAAAACCCUUCCUGAAAUUAUCACUUCACUGCCCCCUAGUCUAGGAGACAGCUUGAUCGAUACCCCUUCACCUGACAAGCCUUUUCCGGCUUGGAUCGCUCCUAAGUACAGCGGCUCGCCAACGACGUGGGAAAACGUUCCGAGUCCAGGCAGUCCUCGCCGGUCCGCCGUCAAAGGACCACGCAGCCAGCCAACCAGACCACGCCGCAAUAGCGGUAGAUCACAUCUACUAGAAAACGGCGCCAACGCUACAAGCCCAUCAAUCCGCCCUCGCAGUCAGAGCUUGAGGCAUGGAUCAAACCGCAAGUCGACCGACUCCGUGCAGCGUGCCAAAAGCACCGCCACAGGUUCACCGCGGCAUCACAGUCAACAUACGAAUGGACAGGAGAAGCUGACUACGGGUCGCUCACUCCCUACAGAACAGCAAAACUACACGCAGUCGCCAGAGCGUCCCCCUUCCCGCAAUUCCAGCAGAGCUGGGAACCGCAUCGUCCCGAUAUGGGAGGAUCAUGAUCGCACCCCGAGUCGUCGUCCCACCAAAAAGUCUGCAAUAUCCAUUAUCUCCGAAGAGUCCGGGCCGGCAGAGCUGCACGGCGAAUCGACGCCUCGGAAGCCAGAACGUCUAAAGAGUGCACGACCACAAUUCUCGACACCCGUCAAGAAGGCAGUGGGAUUGGGCAUUGGCGCUGCGACGCCAGGCAGUCUUUAUGAUGGGGACGGCUUCUUGAAAGAAUAAUUGUAUGGUGCGCUCAGGUAGCUGCCACGCGUUGUAUUCUAUGCUUUCCGGGUGUUCUGGCGAGAGAUAAGUGCUUUGUUUCAUUAGGUUUUGAUGCGCAGGCGAACGAUUGAUAUCCACUGUACUGUUAGAUAGGCAUAGUUAG